AUGGGUGAUUGGAAUAAUAUUAUAAAAAGAAAUAGACAGUAUAUCAAAGCUAAGAAUAAAAUAAAGACUCAAGUUGAAAAUAACAAAUUACAACAACUUGGAUUAACAGAAAAUCUACAAACUCUAUUUAACCCAAUAUUAAAAAGUCAAGAGGAUAUUAAACAAGACAUUAAAAAGAAAUUAGAAGUAGCAGCAACCCCCACACCUAAACAAAUUCAACAACCACCGCAUCCUUCUCCUCAUCAAAUAGAAUAUAAAGCAUUAUUUUUCAAAUCCAAACCCAAAUUUAGCAAAGAGCAUUUCACCAAUCAUUGA